UGUUAUUAUGUUGUCAAAAUAGAAAAUUAUGUGUUUGUCAUAAAUUCAUGUAGCAAUAAUGAUUGGUUUUACAUUUUAACUCGAAAUUUACAAUGGAAAGGCUAUUUUUAUUAGAAAUUUUAACGGAAAAAAUCAGACUGUGCACUGCUUAUAAUCCUCUACCACCCAAAAAUGAUAUAAUUAUAACAAUUAUAUUCGGCGACAUUACAAUGAAAAUUGCUGACGAUGAUUCAAGAAAUGACAUAGCUGACCCAGAAUCUCUGGAAAUAGAAUUUAACACAGGAAAAUCCGUUCUGUUUCCUAGUACAUGUGAAUCGUUAUUACAACUGAUGUACAGCAGUCAAUUAAUUUUAAAUAUUGAAUAUAAGAAUAUAUUGAUAAGCUCGGUUAGUAUACCGUGGAGUGAUCUAUUUACAUAUAUGGUAGAAAAUUCUGAAGAAAAUUGCUUGCCUCCUGUAUCAAAUAAAAACACCUACAAGCUUUUAAACAAUCGAGGUGAAAAGAUAGGCGAAGUUCAAUUAUUUAUGAGAUUGUCUAGUUUUGGAAAGAAUAUUCAAACUAGCUUUAAAGUCGUACAGUCAGGUGAAGGAAACAGUAAAAAGUUCUUUUUUAAAGGACCAGAAAAAAGUACAGUGUUUCAAACGCAAAGAAGUCCAUCCAAUAUAGAGACUUACAAUGAAAUGGGAUCAUCAUGUUCUACAAUUCAUAUUACACCAAUAAGCAAAACCAACAUUCAGUCGACAGCAAAUGUACCGAAACCUACAAUAAACGAAGUUAAGAAUUCCCACAGUGUCUCUCAGAGCUUGCAUUCUGCUCACUAUUCUCAUGUUAGAUAUCAAGGAUCUCAAAUGUCCGAUACCCUCGUAUGGAGAAAAAAAAUUGAAAAUGUUAUGUUUGCAAGUCCUGUGAAACAAAUACAGCAAAUUCAAAAGCUUAGUUAUGCACCAUCAAAAGCAUCGGUUAAUAACAGUCAAAGUCACAAUAAAUUAAAUUGUAACCAAUUUGGAAGUAUCUCAAACCUAAAUGAAAUGCGUCAAACUGGUGAAAGCUAUUAUUGCUUUGCUCCAAAUUUUCAACAAAAGUAUUACAAUCCUCAAAACCAUAAAAGACCAAGAACCGCUAAUUUUUCAGGAGAUUAUCGAAACGUUACUGAAUUAUGCAACGGAUGUCAAAAACUUUAUGGAGGAGGCUCACCAUUACGACUGAAAGGUGGAGCACCAGGCAUAUUUGAUGAAAUUCCUAUUCUUCAACUUCCAACCCCAUCAGAAGCUUGCAAAGAUUUAAUGGAGGAAAUAGAUCAAUGUUUACAAGCUUUUAAAAAUGCAAUGGGACCAUGUGGGAAAGUCUAUUGUCCAUACGCCCCCAACGUAACAAGUGAAAUUUGUAAACGGGUAUGCGAAUGUCAGCAUUCCGAAGGUGAGGCUGAAGAGGGAGCUGUAUCAGAAAUUGACCCAGAUUCUCCAAUUUUUGAAAAGUUUAAUGAGCUCGAUUCUUUAUUUCCUGAAUGUUAUAGGGAAGAACAUCAGAAUGAUUUAAUAAACGCUUGUGGGGUACCAACUUGUCCAUUUUCUAGACAACUUGAUGCCAAACCUCCACGUAAAAAACCGUAUUGUCAAUCCGCAACAUGCCCGAUGGCAAAAAAAAGAAUUGGUGAAAAUGUUGAUGAACACAAAAUAUGGAUGCAGCAAAUAGGUCCAACAUUCGGUCAAAGAUGUGGUCAACCAAAUAAGUGCCCUUAUCCUAUAACAUCAAAACCACUUCCUCCAAUUCACUGGGAAUGUCCUGAGGCUUUACCUAAAGGACAAUGUCAAAAUCCGAGUUGCCCGUAUACACCACCGAUUUUACGAAAAAAGGUUCCUCCGUGUGGAAAUAUGGAUUGUAGGCAUUCUUCUUCCUCGUGUAUUUGCUGCACUUGUGUACCAAUACCCGCCUGUGGAAAUCCAAAUUGUCCCAAUCGAAAACCUGUUUGUUCUCCAUGCCCUCAAGAACCACCUAAGAAAGAACCGUCAUGUGCAAAUCCCGACUGCCCGAAUAAGUCCGCAACUGAAAAAGAAACCAACUCUAAAUUACCUAGAUGUACUUGCGCUGAUGUAGGUAGUGAAGAAUGCGAUAAUGCUGCAUGUCCUUUCAAAUUAACACACAUAUGUGGAAAUUCUAAUUGUCCGUUUAAUAGUAAUAGAAAAAGAAAGAACAGUGGUACUUCUUCGAAUAGAGCUUCGAUUACGGACUAUCCUAAAAAUGAAGGUACAUUUGAUUCGCAAGUUGUUGAUGAAAGACUAAAACCAUGUACAAAAAAUGGUGAGUUUAGUAGUAAUGGUCGUAUUAGAGGUGGAUGUGAUGAAGGCAGUAAACGUAAUAAAAAAGGUUGCGAAGGAGGUCGACAAGUUUGUAGUGGAAAUGAUUGUUGUAAUCCUAAACAAGAAAAUGAUUGUGGUUCGAUGAAUCCAUCAAAAAACUCUGCCGAUAACGACAACUGUGACAAUCCUGAUUGUCCUUUUAAGAGUGUCGACUUUUGCACGAAUGAAACGUGCGGAAAAAUGAAUAAAUAUGCCAAUGAAUCUAAAAGUAAAACUUGCCAUUUUAAUAAAGACGAACCCUUCAUAUGCAAUGAUCCCGCUUGUCCUUGGGCCAUUCCGUGCAUCCCAUGUCCCACUUGCUUACCUCCAUGUCCUUCUCCUUGUUCACCGUGUCCACCAUGUCCGGCAUGUCUUCCCUGUCCCUACACACAACCAUGUCCCUUUGAAAAUCCUUGUUCAUAUUUGUAUCCCGACAUUUCCAGGAAGACAGACCCGUGUGCAGAAAUAAAGGUACAAGUAGAAGAAGAGAAAAGUAGUCCCUGCACAAACGAUACAUGUAAGUCAAAGGGUGGAGAUAAAUCAUGUAAAAGCUGUUCAAAACAAACAACAGCAAAUGCAUCGAAAAGUAGUGCGGGAGGGGGCGAUGGUGUAGCAGAAAAACCUUCCACUCCGCAAAAGCCAGUAAAUGAGUCAAAAUCGACAGCAGUAUCUAAUAAAUCUGAACCUAGAAAUAAAGAUAUCGUCAAAAAGAAGGGAAGAAAAAGUAGAAAAUUUGCUUAUUUUAUUGGUGACCAAUAUCCUGGAAAUACAGUCGGUCAUACUCAUUGUGUCAUUCCAGGAAAACAGGUCCCACAUAACAAAGGAUGGUUGUGGAAUGUACAUGUACCUUGUUUGAGUCUUAAGAGAAGAAGAGGAUGGAAGCCCGGAUUAAUUGGACGAACUAUUGCCACUCGAAUUCAGCAGUAUUGGCUUAAGAAGGGAAUAAAAUCAUUAACAAUACCACCGGCCAAAACAAGAAGGCGAAUGAAAGGUCAGGCGUUUGAAUCAUCAUCCGAAGAAUCAGUUGCGCCUCAAUCUACUCUACAGGUGAAAAAACGGAAUGGUACUUAUUGGAUAACAAUGAAUCCCUUAAAAGAUCCUUAUACGAUUGCGGACAAUGAAAAUCCGUACAUGGAUUGCACUCCGAUGCAAUUUAAAAUAACUAAAAAAGAUAAAAGAGAAUGUUUUUGCGGGGAUGAUGAGGAAAACGAAACAGAUAGUGAGCUCGAUAUAGACUUCACUCCUCCUGCAGGCAUUAUUCGUCCAGAGAGGUUAAAGAAGAAGAAGACAAUAGUCCAUGUCGAGGCUCAGUAUGAUCCUAAAGAUUUUGCUCCUCCCAAAACAGGAAAGGGAAAGGGAAAAGGGAAAGGCAAAGGAAAAGAUGGAAAGAAGAAAAAGGGGAAAAAGUAACUUAAUAUUAGAUAAACUUAAUAAAAUAAUUUUUUUCUUUAUUUAAAGUUUCCCAGAAUCUAAAUUUAUUGUAAAUAUUUUCAGAAAUGUAAAAGCAUUUAAAUUAUAUGUGUUUUCCCAAUUUCAUUAUCAAGAAUUUUCUUCCAUAUCGAGGCAUAAUUAUUAACAAUUUUAACAAUAAAACAUUUAAU